AUGUUUUCCUCUCUCUUUCCCUCCACGCUGGGGGUGGCCCUGCUGGCUGCCACCGCCACUCUCGCUUCGCCUACGGCCAAUCGUGACUGGACAAGCCUGGAUAUCCUCACGCAAGCUGCUGACUCACAGAUCCAAGCUGUAAUUGACGGCAAAGAUGAAUCCUUGACUGGCUCGCCUAGGUCUCUGGCCCGUGGGGUUCGUCGGCUAGUGACACCAUUCGUCUGGCCCAAUUCGACAAACUACCACAACGCAACCUUGAUCCCUUAUAUCGAGGAGAUGGUUCAGGUUCUGGAGAAGGUUCAGCACAGCGAUGGUACUUAUACGGUCGGAAAUCGCCAUUCGCCACCGGAUACGGGUUUUCUGAUUGAAGAUUUUGGUAUUAUGGUGCGCAUGCUGGAGAAUGAUGAUCACGAUGCUUCACAGCCCAUUGCAGACCUGAUCCGAGGUAUUCUCGUCAAAGCUGGCCCCGGUCUUGCGAAAGGCGGUAUCCAUACGCCCAAUCAUCGAUGGAAGAUCUGCAGCGCCUUGGCACGAAUUUCAACCAUCACAGGCGAUACUAGCUUAAUCAAGAGAAUCGAUGAGUGGCUUGCUGAGGGGAUUGACAUGGAUGCCGACGGUAUCUACUCAGAGCGCAGCCCGAAUUAUUACUCGGCUGUUUCGAACCCAUCUUUGUUGACUGUGGCACACGAGCUCAACCGCACCGAACUGAUUAAUUACGUCCGCAAAAAUCUCGAACUCUCAAUCGAGCAUGGAGAACCAAACGGCGAAAUGGAAACCAUCCAAAGUCGCCGUCAAGAUCAAUCUCAACUCCCUGGCGACAACAUGGGCAACUUCUACCCUCAAUUUCGAGAACUUGCACUCCUCGACAAUAACGGCCGUUUCGCUGCAAUGGCACGUCUAAUUGAGAAGCGUCUCGGGCCACAACUGGGAGACUUCCUGGCUAACUUGAUUGAACGUCCUGACUUGAUGGAGAAGCUGCCAGAGUCGGAAGAGCCUUUUGCUGACUUUGAGAAGCAUUAUGCUGCGGCGGGCCUUGUACGUGCAAGACGCGGAAAGUUGACCGUGUCGGCUUUCGGGGGAUCGGAUUGGUAUGAUAUUCAAGGAAAGAAAUCAGGCUUCUACAACCGCAUGAGCUCUGGACUCUCGACGAACCCUACCAUGUUUAGAGCGUGGAAUGGCAAGGCUGUGCUCGAGGCGAUUCGACUCAGUCCCAAUUUCUUCAGCAUGGGCCAUUUUCGCUCCAAUGGCAUUGAGCUACUCAAUAAUGGUUCCAUGAAGCUUAGAAGCGACAUCGAAGUGCCCUAUUACCUUCCCAUGCCUGCCGAGCGCCGCGACGAGAACGGCACUUACGAUCUAUCCCGGUCUGUCGACGGACGCUUCUACGCCAUGCUCGACUUCGAGAACCGCCCUACAAGUGUGCGUCGUCUCAAGACAGAUGUCGAGAUAACUCCCACAAAGGCUGGAUAUGACUUGAAUUUUGAGGUCACAGGCGAAGUCGAUGUUGAGCUGACUUUUGAGCUUACCUUCCGAGAAGGUGGCAAAUUCGAGGGAGUCCAAGAGUUUGUUGACAGCGAUAAUACUACCAUUUAUCGACUUGAGGAUGGGGUGGGAGAGUAUACCAUGGGGGACGACAGAAUUGCGUUUGGACCGGGGAAUGGACAUGGAUUGAUUCAGUCUGAUGCUGGAGAGCAGUAUAGUUGGCAUGGGGGUAACCUCACGCUUGAGGGGCAGCAUGUGUAUAUUACUGGCAAAACGCCAUUGAAGUAUACUCUUAACUUGGGGUUUGAGUAA